GUGGCACCGGUUUUUGGAUCCCGCAACCUCUCUGCAGGCACUUCAAUUCGGGACCUGCUGGAAGCCACUGACGUGUUCGUCGCGGCCGGCUUCCGCGCCCCCAUUUGGGCUUUCUUGCCCCAGUAUGCCUUUAUGCAGCCAGCCGACAACGCUGAAUCCGAGGUCGCCUUGCGUGGCUGGCAGCGCCCUGCCUCUCGGGUCCUUGAUGACUUUGCUCUCGCUGAACAUCGCCGCAGUGCUGGCCCUGCCGAUCUCGCACUGUUGGACUCACCGUCGGGCCCAUCUGCAGCCAGGGUUCUUACUGUGCGUCCCGCUGUUCCUCAGCUCGCCGUCGACUCGGCCCCUUUCCGCGUGAUACUUUUUCGCCGCCUCCGACUCUCUUUGCCGCUGGCCUCGGCCGCUGCCACUGCCAAAGCCCGUUGGAUGUGUUGGGUGAUUAUGUCGCAGCUUGCCCUCGGUCCGGCACCUUAA